AUGUCCGGCCCUCACGAGUCCCACCCCCCGUACACCUGGCCCUUUGACUUCACCGCCGGUGCGGAGCUCAUCGGGCUCGGCGUCGCGCUGAUACUGUAUGGCGCAAGUACCGGCCAGCUCUUGUGGUACUUCCGGAGGAGCGAGGGAGUGCACGCGACGGGGUUUCCGGCCUGCUACGUUGUGCUGCUAUGGCUGUUGGGAACGACUCAAGCGAUCAUUACCUCGUACCAGAUGGGAAAAUACACUGUCUCCGGGCGGGGUGAUCCCGAUGCCGUCUAUGGCUCCACGAAAACGUUUGCAACCUGCAUCGCGGUGUCGGUACUCACCAGUGGUAUGGUCCGAUUUGGGUACCUGUACAGGAUCUGGAGCUACACCCACAAUCGACUCUUGAUCGGUCUCGUUGUGGGCGUGAUCUUGUCGGCGCUUGCAAUGAUAUUGUCGCUCGUCGCCACCGCCUACAUAGCUCAAAUGAACUUUGUCUGGGAGAUAGGUAGGGGUAUUAACUGGACUUUCUACAUUUCGAACGGCGCGGAGAUAGUCGUUGACUUGAUGAUCGCCGUCAUCGUCUUCACCUCCCUCCUGCAGUUCCACACCGGACUCACUCGUUUCGACUUGCUGAUCCGGGCGAUCAUGGUUUUCGUCUUCAGCACAGGUGUCCUUGCAGUCUUCCUCACCGCUUGUAGCAUCAUCGUGUUCUCUCUGCUUCCGGGCGCGUUCCUGUUCAACGGCGCGCUCUGGGUUUUAUCCCAACUGCACAUAUGCUCGUUUUUCGCCGUGCUCAACAUCGAGAAGGAGCUCGCGAACGAGACGCUGAUCCACCUGGCGCGGGAUUCGCGCACGAGCGUCGCGGUCCAGCUCACGACGAGGGUCGACGUCGGCUCGUUCGCGGGCACGCAGCAGCUGUCGGUGGACUGCACCGACGACAACCGGUCGACGGACCUGUCGCUCGCGUCCACCGCCGUCACCUAUCCGCCGUCGACCUGCGGGCCCAAAGUGUGGGCGUCGACAAGCACGAUACGCAACGACUGA